AUGCGCGGCGUAGCAUAUCAACCUGGUGGCGCUGCCAACGCAGCGGAUCCGCUGCUCGACAUGGGCAGCCUUCGCAGAGAUGUGGAGCAAUUCAGGAACCUGGGCAUCAAUACCAUCCGUAUAUACACCAUCGAUAACAGUCAGAACCACGACGAAGCCAUGCAGAUGCUAGAUGAGGCUGGCAUCUAUCUGGCGCUGGACGCAAACACACCAGGAUACUCGUUGAAUCGAGAGAGUCUGGCGUCGUUGCAUGCGAGCUACAACAAUGUGUAUAUGCAGUCGGUCUUUGCCACUGUCGACGCCUUCGCUGGCUAUAACAAUCUCCUCCUCUUCUUCUCUGGCAACGAAGUUAUCAAUGCUCGCAACAACACCAAUGCAGCACCAUAUAUCAAGGCCGUCACCCGAGACAUGAAGCAGUACAUCGCCGCACAAGCAGAUCGUCAGAUUCCAGUCGGCUAUUCGGCUGCUGAUGUGGCAGAAAACAUCGAGCCGCAAGCACUAUACUUUGCUUGCGGGGAGGACGAGAUGGCACGAGCUGAUUUCUUCGCGUUCAACGACUACUCGUGGUGCGAUCCAAGCUCUUUCACGGAGUCGGGCUGGAACGUAAAGGUGCAGACGUACAGCGAUUACAGCCUACCCAUCUUCUUGUCGGAGUUCGGCUGCAUUACUGGUACCAGGGCGUGGAACGAGAUCGAGGUACUCUAUUCGGAGAACAUGACCAGCGUAUACUCCGGUGGUCUGGCAUACGAGUAUACCUUCGAGCCAAACGGCUACGGGUUGGUCGAAGUCAACUCCAAUGGCGAGGUUGUUCCAAAUGACGACUUCGAUCGUUUGCAGCAGGCUUAUGAGCGCACACCAAAUCCUUCUGGUGAUGGCGGCGCACGCACGGAUACCAGUCCACCAGAGUGCCCACCAACUAGCGAUGAGUGGGACGUCGAUACGGUUAACCUUCCUGUUAUCCCGGAAGAUGCGCGACAGUAUAUCACUGAUGGUGCCGGUACUGGACCUGGACUUGUUCCAGGGGAGACGAGCCAAUGGGCCGGAACACCAAGCGAGACGGAGCCAGAUUUGAGUAAUGGCGUGACUGUGUCCGAGAGUCCAGCUAAUGGUACAACCGGUGGUAGUGGAGGCAGGGGAGGAGGUGCUCAGAGCGAUAACAACAGUACCGCUGGUGGCAACAACACUGCCGGUACUGCUAGCGAAAGUGGUGCGGACUACCUUGGAGCGGACACUUUCGUCGUGCUUACUAUCCUUGGUCUCGCUGCUAGUAUCUUGCUUUAG